UGUCAAGGCACAAAUGUCAAAUCCAAAAAUAAACAUAACCUCCUAAAAGAUAAGAAAAGAAAGAAAUGUAGACUUCCAAAUCCAAACUCAUUUAAAUCAUCUUCAAAUUAUUAUGUGGCAAUUCCGAUAACAGUUUCUAAAAAUCUCAACAGCGAAAGAUGGCCCCUCUAGCAAUAAGGUCGACACCAAAAAUCCAAGCUAAACAGAACACUUUGAAAAAGUACACGAAUUUGGGGAAAAAGUUUCUGUUCGAUCCCCAUUACUUGGGACCAGUAUGUUUUCUACUGUUUUUAGGCGAAGCUAUUUGUAAUGCACUGAUUAUUGAAAAUGUUAGGUAUACAGAAAUAGAUUGGGUAGCUUAUAUGCAGGAAGUCGAAGGAUUUUUGAAUGGGACCUUGGAUUAUCAACAUCUAAAAGGUGAUACUGGACCCUUAGUAUACCCUGCAGGAUUUGUCUACAUCUUCACAGCUCUCUACUACGUAACAGACCACGGUAGAAAUAUUUACCUAGCCCAAUACAUUUUUCUAGUACUGUAUUUAUUGCAAACCUUACUUAUACAUCGAAUAUACAGAAUAACAGCGAAAGUUCCUCCUUACGCCCUCAUAUUAACGACAUUGACAUCGUUUAGAAUACAUUCGAUAUUUGUUUUGAGACUUUUUAAUGAUCCUGUUGCUGUACUGUUAUUUUAUAUUAGUUUGAAUUUAUUUGUGUCUGACAGAUGGCGAUUGGGAAGUGUAUUUUUCUCGUUAGCUGUCAGUGUAAAAAUGAACAUUCUUCUUUACGCUCCAUGCUUAUUAGUAGCCUAUUUAACAAACUUAAGUUACACUGAAACUUUUAUAAAUUUAUUCAUUUGUGGUUUUAUACAAUUAGUGCUUGCCAUACCAUUUUUGUAUGGAAAUUUUGUGUCUUAUAUAAAAGGCAGUUUUGAUUUUGGUAGGGUUUUUGAACACAAAUGGACUGUAAAUUAUCGUUUUUUGCCAAGAGAAAUUUUUGAACACAAAUAUUUCCAUAUAGGACUUUUAGUGUUACAUAUUUUAUUACUUAUUGUAUUUUUGCCAUUAUUAAGGAGAUAUUUAAGCAGCUAUUCCAAAUUAAACGUGGUUUCUCAAGCAUUUAGGUCGCAAUUGGAAGAAGAAAAAUAUAGAAAAAUGUUAGCAAAAAAACGAGCCGAUGGUACUUUAUCCAAGAAGGAUAAAAUGUAUUUAGGAGCAAUAAAAAAUCAGAAAAGAUCAAGCUCGAAAGACUCUCAAGAUAGUAGUUUUUAUGAAGAAAAAGUCAAACUCCAAGACAAAAUGUCUAAAAUAGCUCAACUUUUCAUUUUGCCAUUUUUCAUUACAAACUUAAUAGGCAUAGCUUGUGCAAGAUCGAUACAUUACCAAUUUUAUUCUUGGUAUUAUCACAGUUUAUUGUAUUUAGCUUUUUGUACAAACUUUAGUAAGCCUGUGAGAUUUUUAAUAUUGGGUGUUAUGGAAUAUUGUUUUAAAACUUACCCAAGUACAAACCUGUCGAGUGCUCUUCUGCAUGUGUGCCAUAGCUUUUUGAUAUUUGGUGUUUUCCAAACAAUGAAAGCUUAAAACUUUGUAGUUUGUUAGUCCAACAAGUAAAAUUUCUGGGUUUAAGAUUGGAAAGACACUUUUUGCAUCUGUGCAACAUUUAAUUUUUUUACCUAUAUGUGUUCAAUGACAAAUACAAAAAGUGUAUUCUAGUCUAGAUCCUUCGUUUUUUUUUUUAUUUGUGUAAAUGUUACUUAAGGAAAGAGAAAUAUAGACGUUUAAUGUUUAUAAACUAAAUUGAAAUAAUAAUAAAAAAUUCUAUGAGUAUGCCGCUGAAUGUUUUAUCGAAAUGUUAUGCUGAUGUGUACCUACUUAGAUGUAAGCUUAAGUAAGUUGAAAUUACCACAUUUUUCGUGUCAAUUGCUCUAUACAAUCAUAAAUAAAUUACAUAAAUGACAUAUUUUUGGCAAUAAAUGAGAUGUUUUUUGAAUUAAUUGUGUAUUUUUUAAUUCCAGAAUCAUAA